AUGGUUCAGGGGUCCUUCUUUUGUUUUGGAUCGGACCCGGAUGCUUUGGUCUGGAGCUUGGAUCCCUCAAGGGUUUUUUCGGUGAGGUCUGCUUAUCAGCUUGUUCGCUCGGCUCGGGCUCGCUCCUGGGUGUGUUCCUAUAUUUGGCAGUCGUCCGUUCCACGGAAAUUUUCCUUCUUCAUGUGGCGUUUACUAAAUGGCCAUCUGCCAGUGGAUGAUGUGCUGCGGAAAUUCCAGAUUCAUGGUCCUUCUAAGUGUCAUUGUUGCUUGCCGGCCCAAGGUGAAACGUUGCAGCAUGUGUUCUCUACUGGUCAAUUGGCGGGUGUGACUUGGAUGUUCUUUGAGCGCUCCUUAGGAGUGUCUGUACGAGGUGUGGCCGUUAGGUCUCGAUGUUCUGAUUGGUGGAUGUCCCCUGUUAAAGGGAAGGCGCUCCGCUGGGUGUCCCGGAUUCUUCCGGUCCUUAUUCUAUGGUUCUUAUGGCGUGCCAGGAAUGCAUCCAGGUUUGAGGGGUGCAAGGUUUCUGGGGUUCAGGUUCGGGUUUCUAUCUGUUCCGAAUUGCAAAGCUUAGCUCAAAUCCACUUUCCAGGGAUCGCGCUUUUGCCUUGCCAGUGGGAGGGGUUCCUAGAGGUUUUGUCUUCGGCCAGAAGGGUGUUAGUAGCUAAGGCGGUGAGGUGGACUUUCCCUGUGGAGGGUUCUUUUAAGCUUAACACUGACGGUUGUUCUACGGUCGGUGGUAGUGGGGGCGGUGGGGUGAUUAGGGAUUCGAGGGGAAAACUCAUUAUUGCUUUUGCGGAUUCUUUUGGCUCUCUGGAUUCCUUGCAGGCUGAGGCUCGGGCUCUCUUGUUAGGGCUUCAGCUGGGGUACAGCUUAGGGAUUUCGCAGAUGUUUGUUGAAUCUGAUUGCUUGGUCUUAGUCAAUUGUUUAAAGGGGGUUUGGGGGGUUCCUGCGGUGAUUCGGCCAGUUGUUCGUGCUGUUCGUCUGGUUACUUCUGCUGGCCAUCAGUUUGGUCAUUGCUAUCGAGAGGGGAACAUGGUGGCGGACUCGCUCGCAACGUUUGGGGUGGAGUGUGGCUCUCGAUCUAUUUUCACGUCAGCGUCUCAGUUGCCCCUGCGCUCCAGGGGGCUUUUAUCUCUGGACAUGCAGAAUUUUUGUAGUUUUCGUUUUUCUCUUAGGAUAUAUCCUAUCAAUCUAAUAGCUAUUACUGAAGGGCAACUCAAAUUUGAUUUGUCAACUGCAACUGCAGAAAGUGAGAAGCUUCCCACUGGCUCCACCUGCAGCUACAUGUAUGGCAUUCUAGCCCCACAAGAUAACAACCUAGUUGCUAUUGGCACAGACGAUUCAACUAUACUCGUCUACAACAUGUGA